AUGAAGCGCAGCCAAAUGCUCAAAGACACGCUUAAAAAAAGCAAAAUUCCAACGGAUGCCUACAGAAAGCAACAAAAGAAGAAAGAGAGGAAAAAAAAAAAACAGGAGUGGUCCGAACAACUGGAAAAACUUGUGAGAACAAAGAACCCACAUGACGUCAAGGAAAAGUUAGAUUCUCUCAGGAUAAAGGAGCAGCAAGGGAAGCUCCUUCACGUGGAAAAAAAAAAACUAAAGCAGUAUGAAACUUUGUGGAAUUUGAUAAAGGAAAAGGUGAAGGAUGGGAGCUACUUCUACAGUAACAAUGGGGUGGUGUUUAGUAUGAGUGAACAGCACGGGGAGGGCGCUGCAGACGGUGCAGUCGGAGGUGACAGUGAACGUAACUCUGUUGGUAAAGACAACUUUUCUACCAAACAGUGCGAGGAUAGCGCAGCUGACAGCGAAAGCGACUACGCCAGCUCAGAUAUCCAAGUGAGUUCGGAAUCAUCCCAUGAGAAUGAUGGCUCAAGCAGCGUGCAAAGUGAUGACCUAAGCAGCUCGCAGGGUAAUGAUUUAGAAGGCCCAGGGGAGAACGAUCAGGAGGAAGACUUCUUCCUGGAGUCCCUACCCUCCUUACCAAAAGGACUCCCCGAUGAAUUUAUCAUACCUAACAUGAAUGCACACCCGAAUGGGAGUUAUUAUCCCAAUGUGAAUUUAAAUAGUUACCCAUGUUCAAAUACCUACCCAAGUUAUCAGGCACCCAUCCCUUUUAACGCCACAGGCCAGAACAGUUCGUGCUAUGCGUACGGAAAUAGUGGGUAUUAUGGUGGCUACCCAAAUGGACUAAAUUUUUAUUUCGGCUCUGGGUACCCUGCCACGUAUGUACAUGGGGUCGAGAACAAAAGUUGUCUGGACAGACAAGAUAAGAAAGAGAAAACCAUUCCAACAGAUGAUAAGGAGCAACACGAGAACAGCGAAAAUUGCAGCAAGGACAAAUUUUACCCCAGUGGUGAAGACAAAGCUGAUCCAAGUUCUCCAAAAUUGAGUUAUAAUAUAACUAACGUUUCGAACAAUGAAAGGCAGUUACUCCCCGAGGGAGAUACUACUUUAUCCAUUGAUGGAACAAAGGAUGUUAACGCUUCCAUGAACGCUCAUGGGGAUUGCCCUGCGGUUUGUGCUAACCCUGACCAUGAUGAAGGGGAGAAAAAUUCUACCCAUGAUGGUGUGGGAAACCACCUCAGCGAUGCCGAAAUUGAUUCCAAAGCAUCAGAAGAAAAGGGUGGCAUAGCACAACCGCCUCCACCGGGUGCUCCACCUAGUGGUUACGGGAACAAUGGCACGAAUAACUCUUUUAUCGCUCCCAGUUAUGGUACCAACUACUACUACAAUUACGCACACAUGUAUGGAAAUUUUAAUAUGGGCCAAAUGAAUGGAGGGAAUUAUUUCAUCCCCACAAAUAACAGCAUGGCCAUGUGGGGCACUCCUAAUUUAAGGGGGGGGCACGGGUAUGUUGGCCCUUCAAGGAACUACGGAGAUAGGGGAAAGAGGCAUAGCAACCAUAAUAGGGGUAGGGGAGGGAAUCCCGCAUCAAAGAAGGCUCGAAUGGGGGCAAACGGGGCGAACUAUGGUUUCCCCGUGAGUCAGCCAGAUGAUUAUGAUCAGAGUGGGCGUAGGGGGAAUGUCGACGUAGGUGCUUAUGGUAAACGUGGUCAGGGGGGAAGGCGAACUCAUCAGCGCCAAAGGCAUCAAGAGGACCGGAUAACGGAAUCAAGCCAUGGAAAGAAAGAGGACCCGCAGCCAAGCGCACAGUAUUUCGUGCCCAUCAAUUUAAGACUAAAGAACAAACUAAACGAUCUGUGCGAAACAAAAAUUAACGAAGUCAAGAAGGAAACAAAUGCCAACGACAAAAAUAUUAACCUAGACGUAGAAUAUAGUAAGUUCAUAAAAGAGGUAAAUUUGGGAUAG